UGAAAUUGAUGUACCAGCGGCAAAUUCCAUGGAAAACGUCGGCAGGAAGAUCUACUCUGAGAAAGUGAGAAGUAAGCGGUUGAAAAAAUACAGACUACUUAGUGGUAAGUGGAUGGUUGAUAUGGCAGGUUGCUCGCUGACCUUAGGGCAAUAGUUUGGGCGGGAAUACUUCUCCUGAUGUUAUUGUAAAUAGGGAGAUUAUCCUUAGCAUGGUAUACUCAAAUCAUUACCGCCACCAUCAUACUUAAGAAAGGUUGGAAAUUAUACAUAAAUUGUGCAAAUUAGGCAAAGCAAAUUUCAAGAGAAUGAAACUAAAGAGCUAAAACCAAAUCACUUCGGUCUCGAGAACACCACUGUAAGCCUCAGCAAGCGGGUAGCUUAAAAGUUCCAAGCGUUUGUUGAACUUUAGCAUUAUUUUUUUGAGACAGAUUCUCUGACCUAUCUUCGCCCAAACUAACUUUGGGAUGUUGCCGUAGAGUAAUUCCGUGAUUUCGUGGAGCACAAAACCGGAGUGUUCCGCCCGCCAACGAUGGUUCUUGUUUUUUCAAUUAACUUCAGAAGUGCUCUUGUUUCUAACCUCUAACAUCUUAGAAGUGUGGUUAUAAAAACGAGCAAGAAGACACGCAUUUGUGAAGUAUUGCACAUGGUCGAACGACUGAAGCUUGUCACCAUGUUUGUCUCAUCUCUCCCUUCUCCACUCUAAGAGGUUCUCUUCAGUGGACGACGGUCAAUGCUCUGAGAGAUAUUGAAUAAUAUCUUGGCCCAUAACAAUGACUCCAAGGUGAGCUCCUCAAACGGAUACGCAUCAAUCUUAAACACGCUCAUGAUUUCUGCUCCGUGAGGUUUGACAAAUGUACCAUGCAGUCCCAUGAUGAUGAUAUGAUCUAUAGGGUACCCUUCAGUACAUCGCCUGUACCUACAGCUUACAGAGCUGUUGAAGAGCUUAUCUUGCCCGUCAAAACAUGGGGGAAACCAACACCACGAUAUAUUCCACUCCAACAACACUCUCUCAAUAUUCGCUAUGUGGACCUCUAGGUCAAGACUAUCAGCAAUCCAGGGUACAUAGACCAGCACUAUUUCAAAAUCUAGCCCUUGAGCUCUGCAUUGUUGAUAGACCUUCCCUAGAGUGGGAAUGAGAUAUCCUCCAAUGCAUGCCUACACCCCGACAACCUUACUGCUGAGUUCCAAGAUAGUCACCUUCUCAUGGACGCCUGGUAAAACAGUCUUAUUAAGAACAUCAGACGAACUGCAGCCUAAGAGAUCUUCAAGCUUGAAUGGUAGAAUAUCACCAUCAUCCCACCACAGAUGGUCAUUUGCGCUAACCUCAUGCAAUUUCUUGUCAAUAAAGGGAAACGCAUCGGAACCAUGGUCAAGGGCAAAGUAGGGAUAUUCACAAUAUAAAAUGUUUCUCUUGAUAUCUGUAUCCUUAUCUAAAAUGAGACAUUUUAUAUCAUCACAUUCAUAUGCUGCGAGGUCAAGGUAUUUGCAUAUAAAAUCACGGUGCUCUGAGUGCUGGAAUGGUACUACUAGACAUGAAGGGGGGAAUCCCGACAUGAAUUGAUUGAAAAACACCUCGUGAUUGGAGACAUUUUUGAAAUGAAGUCAUUGUUGGAAUAUGGGCUAAGGAAUUAUUCAAUAUCUCUUCUCAUUAAACAAAUCUGCUUGUCGUGAUGCUCUCGGAGCACUGGCCGUCGUCCACUGAAGAGAACCCCUUAAAGUGGAGAAGGGAGAGAUAGGACAAACAUGGUGACAAACUUCAGUGGUUCGACCAGGUGCAAUACUUCACAAAUGCGUGUCUUCUUGCUCGUUUUUAUAACCUCACUUCUAAGAUGUUAGAGGAUAGAAACAAGAGCACUUCUAAAGUUAAUUGGAAAAACAAGAACCAGCGUUGGCGGGCGGAACACGCCGGUUUCGUGCUCCACGAAAUCACAGAAUUACUCUACGGCAACAUCCAAAGUUAGUUUGGGCAAAGAUAGGUCAGAGAAUCUGUCUCAAAAAAAUAAUGCUAAAGUUCAACAAGCACUUGGAACUUUUAAGCUACCCGUUUGCUGAGGCUUACAGUGGUGCUCUCGAGACCGAAGUGAUUUGGUUUUAGCUCUUUAGUUUCAUUCUCUUGAAAUCUGCUUUGCUUAAUUUGCACAAUUUAUGUAUAAUUUCCAAAAUCACGGAACACGCCGGUUUCGUGCUCCACGAAAUCACGUAAUUACUCUACGGGAACAUCCCAAAGUUAGUUUGGAUAAAGAUAGGUCAGAGAUUUUCAUUUCAAAAAUGCCAUCCCUACAAAACGGAUACGCAUCAAUCCCAAACACGCUCAUGAUUUAUGCUCCAUGAGGUUCGACAAAUGUACCAUGCGGUCCCAUGAUGAUGAUAUGAUCUGUAUGGUACCCUUCAGUACAUCGCCUGACCCUACAGCUUACAGAGCUGUUGAAGAGCUAAUCUCGCCCGUCAAAACAUGGGGGAAACCAACACCACAAUAUAUUUCACUCCAGCAACACUCUCUCAAUAUUCGCUAUGUGGACCUCUGGGUCAAGACUAUCAGCAAUCUAGGGUAGAUAGACCAGCACUAUUUCAAAAUCUAGCCCUUGAGCUCUGCAUUGUUGAUAGACCUUCCCUAGAGUGGGAAUGAGAUAUCCUCCAAUGCAUGCCUACACCCCGACAACCUUACUGCUGAGUUCCAAGAUAGUCACCUUCUCAUGGAUGCCUGGUGAAACAGUCUUAUUAAGAACAUCAGACGGACUGCACCCUAAGAGAUCUUCAAGCUUGAAUGGUAGAAUAUCACCAUCAUCCCACCACAGAUGGUGAUUU